AUGAACCUGGACUCUUUAACGUUUAGCUUAUUACAAAUUAAUAAUCUCGUGGCUAAUUUAAAUAAGAAGAAUUUUAAGCAGACUAGCCAAGAGCUAGCACAGAUUGUCACCAUCCAUGGUUUAGAAGCAGAGAACCAUGUGCUAAGGAGUUUAUUAAGUGAAGCAGUUAAAACUUCGUGGGAUAACGAACGUUCUGGAAUAGCUAACACUGGUCUCCAUGCAUCCUUACUGGCCCAGCUAUUGACUUCUCUUCUGGAUCAUCCCGCCAAGUCAACAAUUAUUUGUCGAACUAUAGACAAUCCUGCUAAGGCACUACAAAAGACUCUUAAAGCAUCAAAUACAUUACUUCCGCGUCUUGCCCGAUUGUUAAAGUUGACAACAGCUCAAGAUGUUGCUUUGUCACUUGUCUUAAGAAAGCACUCUUCGAAGCCUGAGAUAGCGACAUUUGCAAAGCAACAUCUCAAAAGACGUUUCUCGGAUCUAGUCCAGUCUUAUCUUGACGCAGAACGAGGUUAUCAUGCUGAGCGUGCAGGUCUUCAGGAAUGCAGUCCUGAAGUAUUGCAGACUCUAUUAACGAGCCUCACGUAUGACAAUUUGAAAAUUGCAGCAGUAACAAAAGAGUUGUUUUUUAAGAGACUUCGAGUCGAUUUUCCUCGGGAAGUGGUACCGAUUGUGCUAGCUCCUCUCCUGUAUCCGGACGAUACGAAAAAGCCUCUUGUAGAAAUGGCUACAGCGAGCGAUAUGGCGGGAACCCUGAUGGAUAAUUCUCUGGCAGAGGUUAUUCGUGAUCUUGGGUAUGGAUUCACAACAUCAGUUGAAGAUUGCAAAACGCACAUGUUAAAUUUUGGUGCAAGGGAACCAACAGCAAUUGAUGUUGCUAGAAUUAUAUCUUUAAUGAUCAGAUAUCAUGCUACAGUUCAAGACACUCCACAAAUACAAAAUCCUGGUAAUUUCUGGGUGAACCAUGAGGCCAAGAAAGAAUCGGCCCAUGGUCAUGGCGAGACAUGGAAUGCAGAGGUAUUUGUACAAACGUUAAAAGAAUUGGCGUCUAACUUGAAUUGGAAAGAAGUAAUCUUACAACUGGACCAUCCAGAAUUUAUUGUGCCUGAUAGGCAAGGACUGAGCUUAUUGUUCACUAUACUACGACUAGGACUUCAAAGCGCAGGCUACCCAGCAAAUAUAUUCCCUGUCGAAUAUCUUUGCAGACGAUGGACGAACUUGGAAGGCCAGAUGAGUUUAAUCACAAAUAUUUUGAAGCACCCUGAUGUGUUUAGUUUUGCCGAUUACCCAUUCCAUCCAGUGUCUAUCGAUUUACUAAAAUCACCCCCUGAAACUGAUAAUAAGGAAGUAGCAACGUGGCGAUGUCUCUAUUUAGUGGAACUACUUCUAUUCGCCUCUGAACGAGGUUAUUACUUACAAGUACACGAGCUUUUCAAGUUUCCACUUCAGCAUUGUCCAGACAUCUUACUAUUGGCUUUACUACAGAUUAAUCCACCUAUCACUGUAUUUAGACAAGAGUUAUUGACAACUCUAAUCCCGAUUUUCCUAGGAAAUCAUCCCAAUUCCGGUAUAAUAUUACAACAUGCCUGGCAUACUCAGAACCCGAACAUAAAACCUAUAAUAAUGCAUGCCAUGGCGGACUGGUAUAUGCGAGGUGACUGCGAUCAAUCGAAAUUGUCAAGAAUAUUGGAUGUGGCACAGGAUCUCAAGGCACUAUCGUUGCUAUUAAAUGUGCAAUCUUUCCCAUUUAUCAUUGACUUAGCUUGUUUGGCAUCUCGAAGAGAAUAUUUAAAACUAGACAAAUGGCUCACGGAUAAGAUAAGGGAUCACGGCGAAUCUUUUGUAACGGCAAUGGUGAAAUUUUUACAAAGACGGUGCCCACCAGUCAUAGGAAAGGUACAAGAAGAGCAGUUGCCGAAAGCGGCACAACUGCCGCCAGAAACCAUUGGUACACUGUUAGCCUGUCUACAACUAUGUAUCCCUAAUGUGCAGCAGGAGUUACAGGAAGCAAUUUAUACAUUGAUUACAAAUUGUCAAACAAUGAUUUUGAGUAAGGCCAGACCUAAUAUUGCAGGAAUAGCUCGACAAACGCAUGCGCGCGUAAUUGAGACUCCAUUCAAUCCUGCUGGCUUAAGUGGCCAAUUGUUUACUCCACAUGUUGAUCCUAUAGCAACUUUAACACCUAAUGUGGCCAACCUUAGCCUUGGAGCUCCUGGAAACACAUUCGCGAUGCCUGGCACCCUUGGACCUUUGGUCACGGCGCCUGGAUCUCCUUCACGUCUUAUGGGUGCGGGGCCGAAUAGCCCAUUUGCUAUGAUACCAAUGCAACAUGCCGCAAAUGUAGCUACUAUGGGAGCUUUGGCAAGAAUGCCGGCUGGCCCUGCAAUGGACAAGCAUCGCAUACCUGAUCCGAUACAUUUUCCAGAGAUUAUUCAUAACGUCUCAAAAGAAAUUGAAGAUGAGGCUAACGGGUACUUUCAAAGAAUUUACAACCAUCCGCCUCAUCCAACACUGUCUAUAGACGAAGUGCUUGAAAUGUUAAAGAAAUUCCAAGAUUCCCCCAAUAAAAGAGAACGUGAGGUAUUCUCUUGUAUGCUACGGAACCUGUUUGAAGAAUAUAAAUUUUUCCCUCAAUAUCCAGACAAAGAGCUUCAUAUAACAGCACAAUUGUUUGGUGGGAUUAUAGAAAAGGGUUUGGUACCGAGUUAUGUAUCCCUUGGAUUAGCUCUAAGAUUUGUCCUCGACGCUUUAAGAAAACCCGAAGGGUCUAAAAUGUACUAUUUUGGUAUCGCCGCUUUGGACAGGUUUAAAUCGCGCCUGAAAGAUUAUCAUAAAUACUGUGAACAUGUUCGAGCUAUACCUCACUUUAGUGAAUUUCCUCCACAUUUGAUAGAAUAUAUUGAAUAUGGACUUCAGAGCCAAGAACCCCCUACAAAGCCACAAGGAGCUGUACUACCAGCAGGUUUAGCAGCCAUCCUAAACCAAACAGCAGUUGUGUCUAUUGCUACACCAUAUAGGUCGGUUGUAGCGCACACUUCUAUAUCAGUAAUAUCUAAGGUUACCAAUUGUGUUCCUGGUGGUAUAGGAAGUCGGCCGUCCAUUGCCAAUGCAACAAACAUUGAUACUCUCUUGACAGCCACAGAUAAAGAUGAUAAAUUGAAUUCGCCACCUGAGCCAAUUCAAGAUAAAACGGCUUUUAUAUUUAAUAAUCUCAGCCAAUUGAAUUUACAGGCGAAAUGCGAUGAAUUAAAAGAAAUUAUUACAGAGGAAUUUUUCCCUUGGCUCGCUCAGUAUUUAGUAAUGAAGAGAGCAUCUAUCGAACUAAACUUUCAUGUUCUAUAUUCAAACUUCUUGGAUGUGGUUAAAAUAAGGAAGGUCAACAAGCUAGUGACCAAAGAAACAUAUCGUAAUAUCAGAGUACUUCUACGAUCUGAUAAAAGUAUAGCCAACUUCUCUGACCGAUCUCUGCUAAAGAAUCUCGGUCAUUGGUUGGGCAUGCUGACAUUAGCUCGUAACGUACCCAUACUUCACCUAGAUCUUGACUUAAAAGCACUUCUUCUGGAAGCCUAUCACAAGGGCCAGCAAGAACUUUUAUAUGUCGUACCUUUCAUAGCGAAAGUACUCGAAUCUUGCGCUAAGAGUGUUGCUUUUAAGCCACCCAACCCCUGGUCCAUGUCUCUGAUGAAUGUUCUUGCAGAAUUGCAUCAAGAGCCAGAAUUAAAAUUAAAUUUAAAGUUUGAGAUUGAAGUGCUUUGUAAAAACUUAUCUCUUGACAUUCAAGACCUUAAACCGAGUCUAUAUUUGAAGGAUCCAGAUAAAAUACGAACUAUUGAAUUCCAAUUGUCUCAACCGAAGCCGCAGCAGCCUCCGCCGCAACCGCAACCCAACGUGAUGGCCUUGAAUCAAGCGAUUAUUCAAGCUCCACAAAUACAGAUGAUUCCACCUCAGACGCCAAUGAUACCUACCGAGGACAUUUCCGCGGCGGCUCCGACUCCCACCAACGGCUUGCUUAACGAUCCUUCAUUGAUGGGUGUGAUUGGCAUACCAGAGCCACGCUUUAAUUACCUAGACGUGAAUGUUUCUUCAACAUCUGCUUUUGGUCAGAAGAUAAGCUUCAAUCCGCACAUAAUUCUCUUCCAAAGUUACCCACACCUCAAACAGUUUGUGAAACCGGCAAUUGAGCGUUCCAUUCAGGAAUGGAUCCAUCCCGUUGUUGAUCGAUCUAUCAAAUACGCCCUGACGACGUGCGAACAGAUUGUAAGGAAAGACUUCUCCUUAGACCCAGACGAGGGCCGUAUGCGUACUUGUGCACAUCAUAUGAUGCGGAACUUGACAGCGGGUAUGGCGAUGAUAACGUGUCGGGAACAAAUUAUUAACACGAUCACGACAAACUUGAAGGCUGCGUUUAUCACAGCUUUGUUAUCAACAACGCCCCAGCAGCAGGACAUAAUUGACAGCGCGGCGGCUAUUCUCGCAGCCGAGAAUAUGGAGCUGGCCUGUGCUUUCAUACAGAAGACGGCCGUCGAAAAGGCCCUUCCGGAACUCGACAAGAGAUUAUUGAACGACUACGAAAUGAGAAAAAUUGCGAGACAAGAAGGUCGCAGAUAUUACGACCCGAUCGUUUUGGGAUAUCAAACCGAAAGGAUACCUGAAAGAGUGCGUUUGCAAGUUGGUGGACCAACUGAGACGCAGAUCGCUGUGUAUGAAGAGUUUGCGUGUAACAUUCCUGGAUUUGUACCGGUGCGCGAUGCUGGGAUGUUUAUGCCGAAGCCGUCGGCACAGGAACAAGUGCCUCAGAUUACAUAUAGCCAAGUUAUUAACCCCACGCAGAUAUAUGGAACCGAUGAAAUGGGUGGCCUUAUAUCAGCAGCAGAGAUAUUCCUGAGUAAUGCGCUUUCUGUACCAUCUUUUGGCGUUCAGGCCACAAAUAUGCACACGCUUUUGGAGUGCCUCAUAAUGGCAAGAAGAAACCGUGAUUUCGUUUCCGGUUAUACUUUAUUGCAGAGAGCAGUGGAAGGUCUACUCGAUGGCCACAUCGUCCGGCUGGACGGUACAAACACGGAACACGUUGAAAUGAUGACCCGAUACAGAGAUAUUCAUCUACGAGUAUUGAAGUUACUUCAAGACGCCAGAGUGUAUGGACAUGCCUGGACCACGAAGCAGAUAACCAGCUGUAUGGUAGAGUGUCGGGAUGAACUUAAAUAUAACCUCGAAGCCACCGACUGUCUUAUUCGGAACCAUCUGGUUAAUCUGCCCCAAUAUGAUCUUGCCUUAGCGCAUUUGAUGGAUAGCGGGAACAAUUAUGUGGCUGUUGCCUUUGCGAUGCAACUUGUACAGCUUUACUUGGUUGAUGAUAGGAAUAAUGUAUAUGCGAAUGAGUCCGAUUUAUACCAUAUAACUGAGUGUUUAGUAAGAUUAGUCUCCCAUUCACGUAACCCACCACCAGAGGGCUUAGCGUCUUUAAUAGAAGCAAUAAGGAUUAAUCAGGACCCCAGUACGUAUCUUGGGGAACGAUCUGCUUUGGGACCUACUUCACAUAUUCAUACCGGUAUCAUGCAAGUUCGUAAUCGUGAUUUCGAUGAUCCUCACGGCCUUCAGGAGAAAACGGACAAUCUUCUGCGCGAAUGGCGUACAGUGCUUCUAAGUCCACUUACCGAAAUUGAAAUCGCACAAAACUUUAAUCUAUACGUGCAUCGUAUGAAUCUGAAUGGAAUACUAAAAUCUGACGAUAUGAUCACGAGAUUCUUCAGAAUUGCCACUCAGAUGUGUGUGGAGAAUGUUUAUCAGUUGCUGACGGAAGAGAGGUUGAAUCCACCUCAAGUGCCCUCGAAGAAGGAGAAAUUCUAUGCAAUGUGUGACUCUUUCAUAAAACUUGUCUCGUUAUUGAUCAAGAAUACAGCUGAUGCUGGCAAUCCUACGCCGAAACUCAACUUACUGAACAAGAUCCUCGGUAUAGUUGCUGGAUGUCUUCUACACGACCAUGAGGAACAUGGCGCUAACUUCCAACAGCUACCAUAUCAUAGAAUGCUUUUGAUACUCCUACUAGACAUGAACAUGGCUGAACCUGUGUUGGAGUCGAUGAAUUAUCAGGUGCUUACCGCGUUUUGCCAUACAUUCAGAAUAAUUCGUCCAAGCCAAGCUCCUGGAUUUGCCUACGCGUGGCUGGAACUCAUCGCACAUAGAUCGUUCAUUAAUCGUGUGCUGGCAGUUACACCACAACAGAAGGGCUGGGGAAUGUACUCGAUACUUCUUAUUGAUCUAUUCAAAUUCUUAGAUCCAUUCCUACGCAAUACAGAACUCGCACCACCAGUCAUGACGCUUUACAAAGGAACAUUAAAAUUACUGUUGGUAUUACUCCACGAUUUCCCAGAGUUUCUUUGUGAUUAUCACUAUGGAUUUUGCGAUGAAAUACCCCCUAAUUGUAUCCAAAUGAGGAACUUGAUAUUGUCAGCUUUCCCGCGCAGUAUGCGCCUUCCAGACCCGUUCACGCCCAAUCUUAAGGUUGAUUUACUAGCGGAGAUAAAUUUACCACCACGCGCGGUUAUCAAUUACGCGAAUCUUAUACCGUCUUCGCAAUUCAAGAAAGAUUUGGACGCAUAUCUAAAAGCAAGGGCUCCUGUUACUUUCCUAUCAGAAUUGAGAAGCAAUAUGCAGGUGGUGAAUGAGCCGGGUCGUAGAUACAACAGCCAGCUGAUGAAUGCAGUUGUAUUGUAUGUUGGUACACAGGCGAUUGCCCAUAUUAGGACCAAAGGACAAACCCCAAAUAUGUCCACCAUUGCACACUCGGCUCAUAUGGAUAUAUUCCAGAACUUCACUGUUGAUUUUGACUAUGAAGGACGAUACUUAUUCCUGAAUGCUAUUGCAAAUCAGUUGCGUUACCCGAACAGCCACACCCACUACUUCAGCUGUUGUCUGCUAUAUUUGUUCGCUGAAGCUAACUCUGAAGCGGUUCAGGAACAAAUUACAAGGAUGUUACUUGAGAGACUUAUCGUGAAUAGGCCCCACCCGUGGGGUCUACUUAUAACCUUUAUUGAGUUGAUUAAGAAUCCAAUUUAUCAAUUUUGGACUCACGAAUUUGUCCACUGCGCCCCAGAGAUUGAAAAAUUGUUUGCGUCUGUGGCUCGCUCGUGCAUUGCGGACAAGACGGGUGCUGGAGGGGGUGAACGGGAUAUAGUUGAGUAG